CAUGGCUAUUCCCAAAAACUAUCAAAGCAACUAGAAAUGAAUAGGAGCGAAACGAAUCACUAAGGAAUGAAAGAGUGGUUUUUCAAAAAAGUAAAAAUUGAUGGUGGAUUUAUUCUUUUCCCUGAUUCUUUAACAGCUGUUCACUCUCCAAACAGUUGCGAAUCGAUUCCCUUCGUUCGUCGAAAGGAAAAAUAGUGCAUCAUGUCCAGCUGUCCUUUUAACUCCAGGUAGGACUCUGAGUAAKUGCUUCGAAGAUGUGGUCGGACGUCUUCGACGAUCUUGACAUCGUCCAUCUCCCGCAGGAUGUUAGUCACCUUCGAGAGAUCUUCGUCGUUGGGGUCGUCUCCCCUCCAUCCGGAYACCUGUAUCCCGUUGUCGUGGUUGAGCAAAAAGUUUUGGAUGCGGUCGUCUACAUGAACGAUUCGCCGCAGGUCGUUGGCAUCCCGCCCAACCCACUCGGCAACCUUAGAGAGAGGUUUCACGUAGGUUCGAUCGAGAUGAAACGUGGUGCACGGAUCCCAGAUGUCGACCGUCUCGCAGUCCUCCCGGUACCACCGUUUGGAAAAGGCAUGGGUGUUCCCCACCAGUACACAUAGCUUAUCMAGGAUGGCAUCAGCGUACUCCUUCGUACCAGCCGUGAAAAUGUGCGUGUCGAAGCGAGUUGUUACGAACCUAAGAAAUUCAAUUAAGCCCGGACGAAGAAAGACUUUGUUCUCGUUGACAUAUAUGAAUUUCGUUUGGUGUGGCGUUGCUGCAUCUUCCUUUGAGUCGUCCUUGUGUUCCUCGUCUUCGUCCUCGUCUGUGGAGAAAGCUGAAAACGGCCAUUUCUCAUCUUGUUCUCGUUCUUCUGUUUCCAAAUGGAUUAAGCACUCGUCCAUGUCUAGCACGACGAUGAGAUCGGAUGGAUACGAUYUCUUGAAUCGUUUAUUCCCAUUGCCGUGGGAGCAAUCUAUUCCUACAGUGUCGUCGACGUUUUCUUCUCCCUCCGYGUCGUGUUGAAAACCAUGAUGCUCUGAAUCGUAGUUCACCGAAACAAUAUCGUCUGUCUCGAUGGCAAGAGCUGGAAUGAAUGAGGAAUCAUCUAUUUCCUCGCUUGGGCUGUCACAGCAUUCGAUCUUUCGUUUCUUGCUCACGCUUUUAUUUACACCAUUUUGUUUGUCGUCGUCACMAAUUGGCACACUCACC